ACUACUAUUAUUAUUAUUAUUAUUUAUUAUUAUUAAUCCCCCCACCUCCAAUCUCUCCCUGCCUCUUCCUUCAUAUUUUGCUUCCAUCUAAAGUAAUCACAGGAGGCGUUGGAUUGGAGUGUUGAAUAUUAAUCGGACGGUGGAAAAAUGAGUUGCAACGGAUGCAGAGUUCUUCGAAAGGGUUGCAGCGAAGGCUGUGUUCUAAGAUCGUGUCUCCACUGGAUUGAUUCGCCGGAAUCCCAAGGCAACGCCACCUUAUUUCUCGCUAAAUUUUUCGGCCGAAGCGAUCUCUUGUCCUUCAUCUCCGCCGUCCCCGAUCACCAAAGACCUGCUUUGUUCCAGUCUCUGUUAUUCGAAGCUUGCGGCCGCACGGUGAAUCCGGUGAGCGGCGCCGUGGGGCUGUUAUCGAGCGGGAACUGGCACGUGUGUCAGGCGGCGGCGGAGACAGUGCUCGGUGGGGGAGUUCUCCGGCCGAUACCCGGAAUCGAUGUUUCUGGAAAUUCGACGGGACACGUGGAUGAAUCGUCUGUCAGUUUCAGUACAGAUGUGUGGACCACACAGAAUCUCCAAUUUUACCCCUCCGUUCCGUCCGGUUAUCGGCGGCUCUCCGAUCUCGGCGGAGGAAAGAAUCAUUAUCCUCAAAUGGAGAAUCGGAGAUCGCUGGACUCGGAGGAGUCGGUGAUGACCAGCUUCGGAAGCGGCGAUCUCGGCGACGGCGACCGGCGGAAGGAGAGGAAGCUCUUAAACUUGUUCAUCUGAAAAAAAAGAGAGGUUAGAAUUUUUGUUUGUAUGGGGCGGUGGCGGAAUGACGUCAGUGAAUAAUCCAAUGAGAUAUAAUAAUCGUUCGUCGGAACCCUACCCUACCAAUCGCAGUGAAUUAUCGCCGCCGGCGAAAACACCGGUGAGUUUUUGGGGACAAAUUUAUCCCUGUGUUUUAAAAUAAGGUUGUUUCUUUGGGGGGGCUUUACGGUAAUUGUGGUAAUGUAAUGAUGACGUGUAAUUGUGGAGAGUGAGAGGUUACAUGGAUAAUGUCCUCGCCGUACCGUACA